AUGGAAAAUACUGCAUGCUUUAUGAUAGUCAGCAAAAAUGACAUCCCAAUUUACGAAGCCGAAGUUGGUACUGUCCCCAAAAAAGAAGAUGCUGCACAUCUGCACCAGUUCAUACUGCAUGCUGCUUUAGACAUUGUUCAGGACGUGGCUUGGACUACUAGUGCUAUGUAUUUAAAAGCUAUUGACAGAUUCAACGAUAUGGUGGUAUCGGUUUAUGUGACUGCUGGUCAUAUCCUUUUCUUUUGA